AUGAGCAUGGUGUCAGGCGGGCGCGGGGGCAGCGGAUGCUCCUCUUUCCGCAAGUCCCGGCACGCACGGCACGGGGACCGGGACGGGGGCAACGGGGGGGAGGGCGGGGGGGUCACGCUCACUGCCUCGGCUGCUGUGAGGCACCUGGGGAAUGUAGAUAGGACGGUGAAGGGGGGCGCGGGCGGGCAUGGGUCGAGUAAGCGGCGGGUGGGGGCGAGGGGGGUGGAGAGGGAGGUGAGGGUGCCUGUGGGGACUGCGGUGUAUUUGCUGGAAGGGGAACUUCCCCUGGAAGAUGAAUUUGGUGCUCCUGCUGGUGCGGCUGGUGCUGCCAGUGCUGCCAGUGCUGCUCCUGCUGCUGCUGGCUUUGCACUGGAAGCAGCAGCGGCUGCCUCGUCAGUGGCUGCUGGUGGUAGCGGCAGCAUGCCUGCCUCUCCGCCCUGGUGGGCUGCUCUCUUCGAGUCUUCCAAGGCGGAGCAGGAGGAUGAGCGGACGGGAGAGGAAAUGGAGGGGAAGCAAGUGGAGGAGGAGGGGGGUGUGGUGGGGAAAGGGGAGGUGGAGGAGGGGGAGGUGAGGAGAAAAGGGGACAGAGAACCGUACUGGCAGCAGCUGCUGCAGCAGUGGGCUCAGGAGAGGUACGGGCAGAGGCGGUCAGAGGCUGCUGAUGAGGGGAGCGAUGUGAGCGAUUGGGAUGAGGGGAGUGUGGAUGACAAAGCGUUGCAUUCUCAUGGGAUGGCACAUAAGAGGGCGCGGGAGCGAGGCGAGCUUGUGGCAGAUUUGGUGGAGGAAGGGCAGAGCGUGACACUUGCAGUUGGAGGGAGGGGCGGCAGGGGUAACGCAUCCAUGGGUCGGGUGAAACCGUGGGAGAUGGAAGAAUCUGAUCCGUCACAUGCGAACGGCAGUGCAGGGGGCAGUGCAGUGGCAUUAGGGGCAGCAGCAGGGGCAGCAGCAGAGUCUGGCUUAGGGCACGAGAAGGGAAAUCCGGGGAGCAGGGCGGUGGUGGCACUGGAGCUCAAGACAGUGGCGGAUGUGGGGCUGGUAGGGCUGCCGAAUGCCGGCAAGAGCAGCCUCCUGCGCGCCCUCUCCCGCGCCAAGCCUAGAGUGGGUUGGCACCCCUUCACCACUCUGCACCCGCAGCUGGGGACUGUGACGGGUGGGGGAGAGAGUGUGUGGGAGGGAGAGGACGUGAGUGGGGGAGGGAAAGUGCUGGAGGAGGGAGAGGACGCGUGGGCAGAAGAGGGGGAGGGGGAAAAAGAGGGCGGCGAGGGUACGUGGGGUGAGGAAGGGGGAUUUGCAGGAAAGAGUGGAGGGAGGGGGUCGAAGUGGGGUCUGGAGAGGGAGAUGGGGUUUGCAGUGGCGGAUAUUCCGGGGCUGAUAGGCGGAGCACACAGGGACAGGGGGCUGGGGCUGUCGUUUCUGCGCCAUGUGGAGCGCACCCAAGUGAUUGUCUACGUCCUCGAUAUGAGCGGCCCCAGUACUAGCACUGUCUCAGGUGACCUAGGCAUCUCCGCCGAGCCAGGCGCAACCAAACCAAGUGCUACCGAAUCUAGUGCUACCGAACCUAGCGCUACCGAACCUAGUGCUACCGAACCUAGCGCUACCGAACCUAGUGCGGUGUCGGCAGGAGCCCUGCCCCCCUGGCAGCAGCUGCAGGUGCUGGUGAGUGAACUGGAGCGAUACCAGCCAGGGCUGUCCCUGCGCCCCGCUCUCAUCGCCGCUAACAAGAUGGACGAGGAGGCUGCAGAGGGCAAUUUGACUGAGCUGAGAAGGCGGCUGGGGGGCAGAGUUGAAGGGGCGGAUGUGCUGCUUCCGGUGCCGGUGGUGCCGCUGUGUGCGGUGCUGCGGGAGGGGGUGCCUGAGCUGAAGGGAGCACUGAGGCACAUGGUGUGGGGAGGGAGGGGUGUGUAG